UCGUCGGUUCGCGUUCGCACAUUCUGCGCGCUUCCAAGCGCGGGCCCAGGGACUGGCUGUAUGGCUCUUGUUUCCAAGCAGGGUGGUGAGCUGAGUAGUAAAACUGUAGCGUUGCAGCCUUCCCAAGCAAAGGCCUUUUCUUAUUUUAAAGUGGCGAAUCUGCGAGGCGCAACCCAUCGCCAGCUCAGUUUAGGCGGUUGUCAGGGUGAAAUAAGAUGGCGGCAGGGACAGAGGAAGACACAGAGCUGAGGGAUCUCCUCGUGCAGACACUCGAGUCCAGCGGAGUGCUAAAUAAAAUAAAGGCAGAAUUGCGAGCAGCUGUAUUUUUAGCAUUAGAAGAGCAAGAAAAAGUAGAGAACAAAACUCCUCUGGUGAACGAAAGUUUGAAAACAUUUUUAAACACAAAAGAUGGUCGAUUAGUAACUGGUCUUGUUACUGAAUUCCUUCAGUUUUUCAAUCUUGAUUUUACCUUGGCUGUCUUUCAGCCUGAAUCAAGCACAUUAAAUGGGCUUGAGGCUCGAGAAAAUUUAGCUCAAGAUUUGGGAAUUAUUGAAGCUGAAGGUACAGUGGAUGGGCCCUUGCUACUGGAAGUAGUGAAAAGAUGUCAGAAGAAAGGAGCUUCUAAUAGUGGAGAAGUAAUUCCCAUAAUAUCUGGCAUUGUACAUUCUCCUCCAAAAUCAUCAGAUGGAAGGCUUAACUUACCCCCAUUGCCAAGUAAGAUACCAAGGUAUAAAGGACAUCGUAAAAACAAACAGUGCUUGGACACGGCUGAGCAGGUUUCUGGAAACAGUCAAAGCGAUACAAGCAUCUCAUCUGGAGAAACAAAGAGUAAAGGCAUUAUUCACUUCUUACCUAACGAAGCAAAAUUAGUUUCUCAACAAAACAGAGACCCAGAUACCAAAGAAAAGAAUAGCCUAGCAGAAGUGGAUGAUGCAGAAGAAGACCCCUUCUUUGAUGAUCCCAUACCAAAACCAGAGCAAACGUAUGGCUGUGAUACUGUGGAAGAUACCAAGGAACUGUCUAUAACUGAAGGCAGGCAGAAAUCAUGGGAGAGGAAAAAUGACUCUAGCAAAGAAGGAAAUGUUGCAUCUCUUUCUGAUGCACCACCUAUAAACAGUGGUCUUAAUUCUUUGAUUGAACCAUCUCCAUUAAAGGAGCCUGACAGAGAUGAAGAGGAAUAUGCUGAUGACUUCAACAGUGCCAGUCAACGAUCAGAGAAAAGUGAAGCCAGUAUUGGCGAAGAAAUAGAAGAUAUUUCUGUGGAAUUAGAUGAGUUCAAUACUAGUGAUAAACUUGAAGACCUCACACAAGACUUUACCAUUUCUCAGUUAAGUGGUCAUGAAGAUUAUCUAGAAGAUGUUGCUUGAUUGUGGAAUGGAGAACUUAAUCUGUUGGAUUGAGAACUUAUGUAGACUAUAAGACAAUCACUCUGCUUUAUUAUCCCCAUCCAAAAUUGUGCCUUGUGUUUCAAAGGAAUAAAACAACGAAGCUGGAGAUAGGGGAAAAAGCUUUUGAACUUCCAAGAACUGAACAAAUAUUUAGUUUUGGAGUGUAGCAUUGAAGAUUGCUCUCUAGUUCUGUUAAAUAUUUCACAGAAGGUGAUGGAUGACCCGUUGCAGGCAGCGGAUAUACCAAGAUGAUGUCUUCUACACAAAUCCAUAAGGGAAAAUAUCUGCAAAGCAGAACAAUGGCAGAUGUGGUAUAUUAGUAUGGUAACCAUCUGGCUUUUGGCUGAAAAAUGAAGAAAAUACAACUUGUUCUUUUUGUGGACCUUAUUAUAAUUGUCAGUUUCAAUAAUAAUUUUCUGUAGUAGCUGUUCAAGUUAUUUCAGCAGCCACUGGAUAUCAGCCAAGAUUUUCAAAACUAGCUAGUUAAGAUGCCUGAUCUGAAGCAUAUUAGAAGAUCUUGGUGUUUGAACUGUGAAUCCCUAUAACUUUUAGUAAGCUAGCCCCUUGUUGCAACUUGGGUGCUUGGCUGUUGUGCAUCAGGAUCACUAGAUACUUCUGAAAAUUGGAAUAUGAGCCUUAACUCUAAACCUAUUUUUAUAGAUUUAAACAUUUGCCACGCUAAGCUAGGUGCCUGUUUGUUAAUUUAAUGAAAUAUCUGAAUUAUUAUUAGCAUGGUUU